AUGUCUUUUUUGUUGAAUUACUUGAAAAAAGAUAAGAAGAAGAAUCAUAAAAAUGCAAUCGAUGAGGUCAGUUCAGGAUGGACAGUGGAAAAUACCGAUUCUGAUAAGCUUGGAUCCGGUAAUGAGACUAGUACGCAUGUGGCAACAACCGAUCCCAAUUGCAAAUGGCAAGACACAACUUACUUCCAAAAUCGCUGGCAGGAGUAUAUUUUUGUUGGUACCUGCAUGAUGAGUCAGCUGUUGAAUCAGGCUUGCAUACCACAAACUUUGUCCCUGAUGAACAUUUUGACCAAAUCAUUCCACAGCAAUGCGAAGAACCAGACAUGGCUCAUGGCGUCUUUCCCCCUGGUUUCCGGGUCUUUUAUUCUUAUCAGCGGCAGAGUCGGUGAUAUAUAUGGUUUGAAAUGGUCACUAGUCGGGGGUAAUAUUUUCUUCAUUAUCUGGGCUCUCAUCUCUGGGUUUACCAACUAUACACACAGCGACACAUUUUUCAUUGUCAGCAGAUCCUUUCAGGGGUUGGGUGUGGCCUUUAUUUUACCGAACGUGAUGGGCUGCGUCGGUAAUAUCUAUAAACCCAAUACUUUUCGGAAGAAUAUUGUCAUCAGCCUUAUUGGAGCAUGUGCUCCUGUCGGUGCGUUCAUGGGCGCCUUUUUUGCGGGACUGAUUGGUACCAAAAAUCCAGAUGACUGGCCUUGGUCCUUCUAUGCCAUGGCAAUUGCGUCUACUUUAACGCUACUCGGUGCUUUGUACAGUAUCCCCAACCACAUCCCAACAAAUGUCCACGGGUUUUCAAUGGAUUGGAUUGGUUCUGGUUUGGCAGUGGUUGGUUUGAUUUUGCUAAACUUCGUCUGGAACCAAGGUCCCAUUGACGGCUGGGGCAAGGCCUAUAUUAUCGUUUUGUUGAUAGUGUCGGUGUUUGUUUUGACACUGUUUUUCAUUUAUGAGGUCCAUUACGCAGCAUCUCCAUUAUUACCCCGGGUGAUCACACAAAACAGACACAUGGUCAUGAUUUUAAUGGCUUUGUUCUUGGGUUGGGGUUCAUUCGGCAUCUUUUCCUUCUACUACUUUGCAUUCCUGUUGAAUCUAAGACACUACUCUACUGUGUGGGCAGGAGGUACGUAUUUCAUGUUCGCGAUAUGGGGGGUUGUUGCCUCAGUUGUCGUUGGCUUGUCCAUAAGGAAGAUAUCCGCCUCCAUUAUUUUAUUCUUUUCGAUGAUAGCAUUUGACGUUGGGAUUAUCAUGCUUAGUGUAACGCCUGUGAAGCAAACAUACUUCCGUAUGAAUUUGGGUACCAUGAUAAUCUUGAGUUUUGGGAUGGAUAUGUCCUUUCCCGCGGCAGCCAUUAUCUUGAGCGAUAGUUUGCCCAAUCAAUACCAAGGUAUGGCGGGAUCUUUGGCCAACACAAUGGUCAAUUAUUCCAUGUCAUUGUGUCUUGGUAUGGGUUCCACAGUCGAAAGUCAGAUAAACCAGAACGGGAAAGACUUAUUAAAAGGUUACAGAGCUGCUGAAUACCUCGGUAUUGGGAUAGCCUCGUUGGCUGUGAUUCUCUCGCUCAUCUACAUGUGCGAAAGACUGUGGAUCGACAGAAAGGAACGUAUGGAGUCCACUUCUGAAACGAAUUUGUCAUAG